AUAGGAAGAAGACAGAUGGGACUUGUCGAUAAUAGAGACGAUUUGGAAACCUAAUCGUUUUGAUUUCUUAUUUCCUUCAAUAAAAUGCCAUCUUCAUUGAUUUCUUAUAAUUAAACACGUUUGAAGACAACAAAGAAUUUACAAAAUUAUAAAAAAGUAAAAAAAAAAUACGACAAAAUCGCCCAAUAAAAGUUUUUCAGCGAAACAAUUUGAGAUUACUUUUGGUUUAAAUCUCCGUACCCCACAGAAGCAAAGGAAAUUGCGAGCAUUGCUUAGUACGCCAGCGACGCCAAUAUAUGUCUUGCGGACGCGGUCAAGCGCAAGCCGAGUACUGAUUAUUUUGUGUAAAGCCGACGACGAUUUAUCUUAAGUCCGCAUUAAAGUGCUCUCCGCUGAGUGAGGUAGUCCGCGCCGCUUUCGCGAGCGAGUCCAAUCAGUUUGUGUGCGUCUUUCGAGCAACUCUGAUGAUGGCGAACUGUUGCUGGCUACGAUAUUUGGCUGCAUUAUUUAUAUUGACAAAUUGUCUGGUCUUUGCAUUGUUAUUGGAUUUACCCGCAUUCGAUCGGCAUGCAUUGCUUGCGGAGCGUGUGCGACUCUACGAGACAAUGCGCGCCAAUAUACUGGAGAAAGAGUCAAAUAAUCAAUUGGGCGGCCGCAUCGUGCUCAACGCCAAGGAGAGAGUCGCCAAUGAAUUGAUCAUGUUCGAGAAGAAACACGAACUGGAACGGGGUUUGCAUAAUUUGAGCAAUUUUCAGGUGUCACAACAUUUUUUCCGCUCUUUCACUAAAAUCAACAAUACGAUACUCUUUCAACGAUUGCGAGCGAUGCCAAAAGGUGGCGUCUUACAUGCACAUGAUAUGGCGUUGUGUAGCAGUGAUUAUUUGCUAAAGCUGACAUAUCGUGAGCAUCUAUGGGCUUGCGUCUCAAAGAGUGUAGAGAAAGAGUAUCAAAAAUUGCUCUUCUCUUUAAUGCAACCACAAGUUGAAGAGACUUGUGAGUGGGCGCUGUUGAGUGCGUUGCGCGCAGAGGAGCAGAGUGAUGUUGUUGAUAAGGAAUUGUUGGCACAGUUGACUAUGUAUCCGCAAGAAGAGUUUGAAAAUGAGGAUGCGGUUUGGAGACGAUUUCGUAGCAUUUUUCGUCUCGUUAUCGGGCUUUUGAGCUAUGCGCCGGUGUGGGAGCAGUAUAUAUAUCGCGCGUUGGAGGAAUUCCACGAGGAUGGUGUGCAGUAUUUGGAAAUACGUUCGGUCUUGCCGAUAUUAUACGAUCUGGUGGGUGGGAACUUUACCAUUUUGAAUACGACGCGCGCAAUGCGUAAUGCAGAUCUACGUUUUCGCGCUUCACAUUCAGAUUGGAUUGGCUCGCGCUUGAUUUAUGCGCCCACAAGAAGAGUGAGCGAUGCACGUUUUGCUGAGUAUUUGGGCAAUGCGCUGUUGCUCAAGUCCCACUUCCCGGACUAUUUCGCCGGCUUUGAUUUGGUCGGCUUUGAGGACGAAGGUCGUCCCCUACGUGAUUAUGCGGGCGAGCUUUUAUCGAUUCAAGGUGAAAUUGAUUUCUAUUUUCAUGCGGGCGAAACAAACUGGUAUGGCACAAACACCGAUGAAAAUCUACUGGAUGCCGUGCUGCUCGGCACAAAGCGCAUCGGCCACGGUCUAGCUCUGCUCAAGCAUCCCGAGGUGUUGCGUGCGGCGCGUUUACAAAAUAUCGCGCUUGAAGUCAAUCCGAUAUCGAAUCAGGUGCUGCAAUAUAUCGGCGAUUUACGCACACAUCCAGCUGCCGUACUUUUUUCCGACAACUAUCCUGUCGUUAUUGCUUCAGACGAUCCAUCGUUUUGGAAGGCCACACCGCUAACGCAUGACUUCUAUAUGGCUUUUAUGGUGAUCGCGUCGAGGAAAGCUGACUUGGGCUUGCUAAAGCAAUUGGCUCUGAACUCAAUAGCUUAUGGCGCUUUCAGUGCUAGUGAGCGUGUGGAGGCUUAUGAGAAAUGGAAUUUGAAAUGGGAGUCAUGGAUUGAUGAUAUAAAUUCUGAGAUGACUUCUUAAUAUAUGUAAAUUGAUGAUGAAAAACAUUUUGUAAAUAGAAAAUAAAUUUUAUUUUAAUUGCUUGAUA